CUUAUACAUAAUGUGGCAUUAGCUCACUAAAUUAUAAUAAUCAUGAGAACUAUCUAUGACACACACUAUUUGUUUCUCAACGAAUGUGAUUGAAGAUAAACACGAAAAGUGUGGAAAUACUUCCCCUGCAAUAAAUUUGGAGUACUUUUGAAGUUUGCCAUCCCCACUCUUGAAUGUGGUAGCUACUAGCCCACUAGUAUGGUGCCCAUCUUGUGUGUUAUGAAAGCAAUGCCUUUCACCUGUUAGAGGAUAAAAGCGAAUAAGGCUUUGUUUGUGUUUCGACCUUCAUCUUGAACACCUUUGAGGCACAGCAAAAGAUGCAUUGUGCCCUUCCAAGGACCACCAGUGAUACUGAUGUCCAGAAAAUUUCAGACAGAAGAAGAGAUUUGUUAUUAUGGAAACAACGAAAAAGUUCUAGAACAUCUUUGGAGGAUUGUGAAGUGCCUUCUGUCACAUGGAGGAACUCUGAUCGUAGGUGUGGUAUCUUUACAUUCCUUUCCCUUAAACCUGAUGAACAAUGGAGAAUCGUAGCACUACCAUCACAAUGUCCGUACAAUAUAAAUCAGCCGGUAUCUGAUACUCCGGUGAAUAUGGAUAGUCUACAUCUGCUUUACCCGCCUCCAUUGAACCCAUUCAAGGUUACUCGACACAGGGUUCAGAAAGUACUUCCUCUUGACGCCACUUAUUCUGUCAAUUCAUUUACAAGUAGAAGGUUCACUGGUUCAAGUGUGCGACACCAACCUCGAAAUAAGACCUUGACAAAUAAAGCUACUAAGUGGAAUGGAGUUCCUAGGAAAUCUUUUCACAAGUCAAUAACCAGCAGUGAUUCCGCAAGUGCCAUCCCAAAUGGUUCUAAUGCUAUUAACUCAUCAAAUAUGAGUAUCGGCAACCAAAAAAUAGACAACACCACAAAAAGAAGUUCGAGAAAGAAGAAUAGAAAGAAGGGAAAACAGAACAAGAAGUUUUCAUGCAACAUUAGCUCUAAUGAAUCGGAAGUGCUGUCUGAGGAAUAUCCCAAUGGAAGUUCAGCUUCUAAAACCUGUGGUAACAAUGAUGGGGACAGACCAUUGUCUUCUUCAACUGCACCAGAUACUUCAUUGCCAGAUGAUGGGGCCAAGAAUUCUGAAACGUCAAAUACAUGCACCUCUUCAAGUGAUGAGGCGGGUAUAUCGUCUGUCGGUAAUUUUGAAAAUCAGGUUCUGCUCAAAGACUCUGGAUUUCCCAUCUUCAACGGUGUGGAAGGUAUUCAUCCACAGACAAGCUGUCGCAAUGAUAUGUAUACCAAAGGUUACUAUGACAUCCAUGACUCAUUCAUUUUGGAUUCAGUUUCAUUUGGUUCAUACAGUGAUGAUAGUACUAAUGCUGGUCAUGAUGAAAAACAUGCUGAGACUGAAAUUCACGAAAUAUAUAUUUCUGAACCGCCAAGUUUGAGUUCAAGAAAGGGAUAUUUCUCUUGUCAAAGCUCGUUAAAUGAUGCCGUGGACUCCUACAACCACACUGAGGGAACAAGGCAUGGUAUUCAGGGUCGUAGCAACAGUGACGUGCAACUCAUUGCACUUAACAAGAGAAGUAAACAAAACAAAGUAGCACCUCGAAAUUCAAAUGUCUCUAAAUUUGGAAGUUCUGGAAAUCUGCAUGCUCGUACAGGGAAGGAAAGCAAUCAGUCUGUCUGGCAAAAGGUCCAGAGGAAUGAUUCCGGCGACUGCACUGGUGAGUUGAAGAAAGCAAGUUCUGUUUACUCACGUUAUGAUCUCCCUCUGAGAGAGUCUUAUUUUCUUAAAAGAACCUGUAAUGCUGCUGAUGUAAAUGCCUUUCCAAAGAGUGGGGAUAGAAAACAGCAAAAAGAUAAGGUUUCAAAGAAAUUGAAAAGAAAGAGUGAUCCGGCUUUGAAACAAGAAUACAAUUGUUAUUCUAGGAAGGGGUCUCAUGCCAGCAUGUCCGGCUUAGAUGGUUGUGUGAAGGAUAGGAUAGAACAGAAUGAUAUAUCAGAUCAGGCGAAGGACAACAAAGGAUUAGAUCUUGCUUCAAGAUCUUGUUCUCCACCUAGCUGUCUGAGCGCUGGAUUUCAGAGCAGCAAAGUAGAAUGCAUGACUUCUGAAUCAGUUCCCAGCAUGCAACUCUGUCCAAAUGAAAUGGCUCAUCUUGAAAGUGUUGGUAAUAGUGUCUCUCACAUGAAGUAUCAAAGUGUAAGAAAUGAGAGUAGCACAAUGCAGUCUCCAGUUUACCUUCCUCAUCUACAUUGUAAUACAGCAAGUCAAGAAGUACAGAAAGAAACCUCUCUUGCGGAAAGCAGGCAAAACUAUAGUACUUCUGGAUCUUUUACGCACAAAUGGAUGCCAAUUGGGUUGAAGAAUCCCGGAUUGACAAACUCUACUAGAUCUGGCAGUUCAUCACUUGAACAUUCUGAUGAGGCAGCUUCUAGGAGAUGGACUCUUAAAGACACUGCUAAAGGGUACGCGGCUUUCAAUACUCAAAAUCCUGUUUCUGAUGUUGCAGUUGUGUGCCCAGGUCAAAGUUCUGGAGACUUAACUUGUUCUUCCAACGGAUUCGAGGGAAGGCUUCCAAAACCAAGUACAACUAAGGAACUGAUCAAUAACAAGCUCAAUGCAGCUAACUACAUCAAAAACUCUGACGUACCUAGAGAUGUAAAUGCAUUUGAAGCUGAUUCAAACAGAAUACUAGAAGCAGUAAAUAAUGCUUGUAGGGCACAACUGGCAUCCGAAGCUAUUCAAAUGGCCACUGGUCGCCCCAUUGCUGAAUUUGAAAGACUUCUUUAUCAUUCAUCCCCGGCUAUUCAUCAGUCACCCAAUUCUGUAAGUUGUCAUACUUGCUGCUCAAGGAACCAGGUUGAUCAGGUUGGGGGUGUGCCAUUGUGCAGACAUGAGACACCUGACAUCAGUUUAGGAAGCCUAUGGCAGUGGUAUGAGAAAUAUGGUAGCUAUGGUCUGGAAAUAAGGGCCGAGGAACUUGGAGAUUCAAAGAGAUUGGGUGCUGAUCGCUUUGCAUUUCGUGCUUAUUUUGUCCCUUAUUUGUCAGGAAUUCAGUUAUUCAAGAAUGGAAAUGCUGAUUAUGCAGAUGCUAACAAUAGGUUUCCUGGUUCUGAUGCGCCAAGCGCAAGCCUGGAUAGUGACACAUCCAAAAAUUCCUCUAGCAUUGGUAGUCUUCCACUAUUUUCAUUACUUCUUCCUCAGCCUGAUCAUAAGGAAGAUGCGGUCACUCCACCGCUUGUAAAUCAACAGUGUAUUUCAGAACAAUCUUCUGCUUCUGCCAGAGAUGUAUCUGUUCGAUUAACUGACACAACAGGGUCCGGUGAUUUAGAGCUACUGUUUGAAUAUUUUGAAUCAGAACAACCUCAGGUUAGACGACCUUUAUAUGACAAGAUAAAAGAGCUGGUACAAGGUGAUGGACUGUCACAUUCUAAAGCUUAUGGAGAUCCAACAAAUCUAAACUCUAAAAAUCUAAAUGAUCUGCAUCCCAGAUCCUGGUACUCAGUGGCAUGGUAUCCAAUUUACCGGAUACCUGAUGGUAACUUACGUGCAGCAUUUCUGACUUACCAUUCACUCGGUCAUUUGGUCCAUAGAAGUACCAAAUUUGAGUCUCAUAAAUUGGAUACUUGUAUUGUAUCUCCAGUUGUGGGUCUGCAAAGCUACAAUGCUCAGGCUGAAUGCUGGUUCAAGUUAAGGCCCUCAGCACCGAGGCAGACAACAGUAACACCAUGGGGCUUAAACCCUUGUGGAGUACUAGAAGAGCGUUUGAGGACACUUGAGGAGACAGCAUCGCUUAUGGCAAGAGCUGUUGUGAGCAAGGGAAGUACGACAUCUGUAAACAGGCAUCCGGACUAUGAGUUCUUCCUCUCUCGGCGACGCUGGAGGACUUCUUAAAGUCUUAACUAAUUCAUUUUAACAACUGGUACAACUCGUUGAGUAGUCUUCCAAAUUAAGCAUAUUUAACAUUAGAUAGGGAGAAAGAGUUACCUUACCACCCGUUUCCUGACCUUGUGUUUUUUUGCUUACACUGGUUUGACCCCCCAUAAAUAUGUAUUCUGUAUAUAUAGCUUUCCUCUCUGUUUUUGUGUUUCAGGUUACGCAAAUGUGUGUACAUAAUUUUCCUCAUAGCAUUAUUCUGUAAAUAGUGCUGGGUUUGAAGAUUGGACGCAGUUACUAAUACAACGAUUCUUUGAUAUAACCUUUCA